AUGACGACCCCCGAUAGCCCGCCUCCUCGUCGUGCCGAGUCGUCGGAACCCCCGGACCUGCACACCACGCCGCAAUCCCUUGCUAGGGCCGUCCAUGCAAGGCGCGACGAAUACGUCCGGCCCCGCAAGAUCCGAGUCAAGAUUGGCACAUGGAACGUCGCGGCCUGCCCCGGGACCGACAAGGACUUGGCCAGAUGGUUUGUCGAUGGGCAGGGUAUUGACCAACACUUUGCCGCUCUGCAUCUGUCUCGGGACUCGGCCCUCUCUCAUACCACGUUUCCAUGGCAAGAAGAAGACGAGUCCCAGUCUGUCCAUACCUUGGGGGGAAAUGACAUCGGACUGUACGUCCUGGGGCUGCAGGAAAUCGUGGAUUUGAACCUGACCAAAGAGUACAUGAACCGCGCUGUCAAGUUGGACACGUCGUCCUCGGACAAGUGGCAAGCAGCGCUCGAGGCGGCCAUGCCGCCGGGCUAUCAGCUAGUCGUGUCGGAGCAAAUGACGGGCUUGCUGCUGCUGAUGUACGCUUCUCCAGAGAUUGCCCCCACCAUUUCAAACGUGAGCACCAAGCAGGUCGGCACCGGUCUUUUGGGAUACUUUGGCAACAAAGGCGCCGUCACGUCUCGCAUUGUCUUGGGCGAAACGACCCGGAUGGUGUUCGUCAACUGCCAUCUCGCCAGCGGCCCAAGCUCAAGUUACUUGGAACGGAGGUGUUGGGACGUGGACCAGAUUCUGUGCAAGACCAAGUUUGACCCUGUCGUCCUCGCAGGCGUGUCGGAGGAUGACGGUGAAGCGAUUGGGGACGAGGACUUUGCUUUCUGGUUCGGCGACCUCAACUUCCGGCUCGACGGCCUCCCUGGCGACGACAUUCGAAGAAUCCUCACGCUCCACACGAGAGGGGAGUAUGGAGCGAGCAGCGACACGGUGCCAGGUCUCCCCGAAGGCGAAGGGGUCAUGGUCCUGAGACACUCGGAAAGCGACGACGACGACACGACCAUCAAAUCUUCACUCCACUCACGCCAGCAGAGUUUCGAUUCGCAAACCACGCUGCCCGACCCGGACGACUUCCCAGAGGAUCCAAGUCAAGAUCCCACGUCUCUCCAAGCGACCCUCGACUCCCUGCUCCCUCACGAUCAGCUUCGACGGGCCAUGGCGCAACGGAAAGCGUUUCACGAUGGCUGGAGGGAAGGACCCAUAGCGUUCCUGCCAUCUUACAAGUAUGAUGUCGGCACUAUCGGAUUGUUUGAUUCCAGUGAGAAGCAACGAGCGCCGAGUUGGUGUGACCGAAUCCUCUACCGGACAAGAAAGUACAAGCUAGAGCACGACGCGAGGAUGCGGGAGGAGCAAGAGGCAAGCAGAAAAGACGAGGAAAUGAAGAUGAGGGGAAUAGACGAAGAUGAUGACGUUCUUUUCAGCUACGACCCUGAAACAGACGCCGACGAGCAAAUACUGGCUACGCCAAUACUCGGCUAUGACGAGGCCGAAUAUUAUGACUCUGGCGAGCUCGUGACGCAGCAAGGCUGCAUUGACCGUCUUAGUCUUGACAUUUACGCAUCGCAUCAGCGAAUCUGCUCUUCUGAUCACAAACCAAUCGUUUCCAUAUUCACGCUCGACUACGAUGCAGUCGUGCCGGAACUGAAGGCCAAGGUUCACGCCGAGGUGGCACGCCAACUCGAUCGGGAGGAGAAUGAAGGUCGCCCAGCCAUCACCGUCGUCAUGGAAGAACCUUCGGCGACGGGGGAAAUUGCCGUGGACCUGGGCGACCUUGGCUUCUUGCAGAGAAAGUCUUGUAUUGCCACAAUCGCGAAUACCGGGAGAGUUUCGGCGGGCUUUUCUUUUGUCGAGAAACCAACCACACACGCCGAAGAAUCCACGAGCCUGUCCUGGCUGACUACGUCUUUUAUCCAAGCAGAUGACCAUGAAGCGAGCAAUCCCUCAAGCAAGACAAUCACUUUGCAGCCCGGCGAGACGAUUUCGGCUCAUAUAGAAGCACAAGUCUCGAGCAUACCUCACCUGCGGUCUUUGAACGACGGCGACGCAAAGUUGGAAGACGUCCUCGUUCUCCGUGUGGAAGGGGGCAGAGACCAUUUCGUCCCCGUGAGGGCAACCUGGCUGCCGACCUGCUUUGGGCGCUCCGUCGACGAGCUUAUUCGAGUACCUGACGGAGGCAUUCUGAGGUUCCUGUCGGAAGACAACAUCCAUGGCGCCAUUCCGCAUGAUUCCAAAGUUCGCUGCUCCGCUCCCAAGGAGCUGUUCAAAUUGACGGAGGCGAUUCAAACCCAAGCAGAGAGGUGCGUGGCUGACGAAGCCAUGCUGGAUGAAGUGGUCCUCCCCCAGGAGCCCGGCUGGCCGCUGGAUUCCGCCACAUGGACGCCGGGGAUACCGGAGCGAGAGUCGAUACAAGCCGAGCUCGUGUCGGCCUUGGAUACCGACGCUUCCAUUUUGGAGGCGCUACCUGUGGAGCUCUCGUCGCCGCACAAGCUGGAGCUCUUGUCGUCUGUCCUGUUGUUGUUCUUGGCUUCCCUUAGCGACGGCCUUGUCCCGCCACUACUUUGGGCAAAACUAUCCACAGCCAUACCGAAUUUGACGUCUCUGGGCCCCGCCGCCUGGCCGAAUGCCAAGACGCAGAUUCUCGACAUGUUCUCCUGGGCACCGAACCACAACAUUGCUUUUGUUUUUCUGACAUGUACCUUGUCGCGCGUGGCCACGGAACUGAGCUCGGCAGCACCAGCGUCACCAACCGCCGUUGGUCUAAGCCGACGAUUGACAUUUAGAAGGAACAGCGACGACGACGGCGAGAGGAAAAGGAGCAUGCGGCAAAAACGAUAUGCCGAAAUCAUGGGGCCGUUGGUUUCCAGAACAAACGACGGAGGCAAGACGGCCAGAGAGGGCGGACGAAUCGUGGUUGAGAUGUUCAUGAGCCGCGAGGCUGGAGGUUAG